AAUGACACGUGGGGUGUCCAGUACUCGUACGCGCUCUUCAAGGCCAUGAGCCACAUGCUGUGCAUCGGGUACGGCGCUCAGGCUCCGGAGGGGAUGACGGACGUGUGGCUCACGAUGCUCAGCAUGAUCGUAGGAGCCACGUGUUACGCCAUGUUCAUCGGCCACGCCACAGCGCUCAUCCAGUCGCUCGACUCCUCUCGCAGACAGUACCAGGAGAAGUAUAAGCAGGUGGAGCAGUACAUGUCGUUCCACAAGCUUCCAGCAGACGUCAGGCAGAAAAUCCACGAGUAUUAUGAGCAUCGAUACCAAGGCAAGAUGUUUGAUGAGGAUAACAUUCUGGGAGAGCUGAGCGAG